AUGACAACGAAAUCUUUUUGUGGGACUGAUUUCUCCAAAGAUUCAUGGACAACGACGAUUAUCAAUGUCAUUAUCAUUUUAGAAAUUUCAACCAUUCAUGAUGAAGUCCAAUUGUUAUUUAGCCACAAGCUAAAUACUGGAAUGUUUAAUGGCAUCAUCAUGCUGCUGUUAUUUGAGGAAGUCAACACGAAAAAAGGAAAUCAAAUUGAUACUGUUCUAUGUAAUUUCCGGAGAUUUUGCAAUGAAGUAGAAACUUGUAGUAGGGCCAAGUACAUAAAACAAUCUUGA